UCUCCCCAGCCCCUCCCUUUCCGUCUCUUUUCGACUCUCCUCUUCAGUCUUGCUUGCCUGUCAGUAAGAUACCCUGGUGUUGGAGGCUAGGCUACCCUCCUCUCGGACACAGUACGACAGCCAGCCGCCGUCGUGCCCCAAGGCUCGGGCUCCCCCCUCCCUUUACACGGUCCAACAAUGGCAACCACCGCUACGUCCACCCGGUUUACCGACGAGUAUCAGCUGUACGAGGAGCUCGGGAAGGGAGCUUUUUCAGUGGUGCGUAGGUGUGUAAAGAAGUCAUCAGGACAAGAAUAUGCUGCAAAAAUCAUAAACACUAAGAAGCUGUCUGCAAGAGACCAUCAGAAACUCGAGAGGGAGGCCCGGAUUUGCCGUCUUCUGAAGCACCCCAACAUUGUGAGGCUCCAUGACAGCAUUUCAGAGGAAGGCUUUCAUUACCUAGUCUUUGACCUUGUGACAGGAGGGGAGCUUUUUGAAGACAUUGUAGCCAGGGAGUACUACAGUGAGGCUGAUGCAAGUCACUGCAUUAGUCAGAUCUUGGAGAGUGUCAAUCAUAUCCACCAGCACGAUAUUGUGCACAGAGACCUCAAGCCUGAGAACCUGUUGUUGGCCAGUAAAAUGAAGGGCGCUGCAGUGAAGCUGGCAGACUUUGGCCUUGCUAUUGAGGUGCAAGGAGACCAGCAGGCUUGGUUUGGGUUUGCCGGCACCCCCGGCUAUCUCUCUCCUGAGGUCCUGCGGAAGGAUCCCUAUGGAAAGCCUGUGGAUAUUUGGGCAUGCGGUGUUAUUCUCUAUAUCUUGUUAGUUGGAUAUCCUCCAUUCUGGGAUGAAGAUCAACACAAACUCUAUCAGCAGAUCAAAGCAGGGGCAUACGAUUUUCCUUCCCCAGAGUGGGACACGGUGACUCCAGAAGCAAAGAAUCUGAUCAAUCAAAUGUUGACCAUUAAUCCAGCAAAGAGAAUUACUGCUGAACAAGCCCUCAAACACCCAUGGGUCUGCCACCGCUCUACAGUGGCAUCCAUGAUGCACAGACAAGAAACUGUGGAAUGUCUCCGUAAAUUCAACGCUCGCAGAAAGCUCAAGGGAGCCAUUCUCACCACCAUGCUGGUGUCCAGAAACUUCUCAGUGGGCCGGCAGCAUACCAACUCUGCUGCUGCCGCCUCCUCCACGGCCUCACUGGCUCAGGAAGCAUGCAAAAGUUUACUCAACAAGAAGUCGGAUUCUGCCAAGCCUUCUACCAACAACAGUAAGAACAGUAUAGUGAGCGCCAUCAAUGCCCUGAAAGACACCAACAUGGCAACCAACGCCCAGAUGGAGUCUCAGAGCACAGUGGUGCACAACCCUCCAGAUGGAGUCAAGGGAUCAACAGAGAGCAACGCCACCAAUGACGAGGAGGAAAUGAAAGGUAGGAAAGCGGACAGUUCGGCGCUGAGUCAGAGCAGCGCUGCAGAAGAGAUGCCUCCACUUCUUCCCUCACCUCAAAGCUCACCUGCCAUUCCACCGCAUGACGUAAAGCGCAUGGCAUGGAACAGCACAGUCAACAGCUCCUGUCCCGACUCUGACCACUCACAGUCCUCAGUUGUUGCUGCUCCACUAGGGAGCAACGCUGUCGCUGCUAAAAGCAACACUAAGCCGACUCGUAAACAAGAGAUCAUUAAGAUAACAGAGCAGCUGAUCGAAGCGAUCAACAAUGGAGACUUUGAAGCUUACACGAGGAUUUGUGAUCCCGGCCUCACCUCGUUUGAACCGGAGGCUCUGGGAAACCUGGUGGAGGGCAUGGACUUCCACAAGUUCUACUUUGAAAACUUGCUGAGCAAGAACAGCAAACCUGUGCACACCACCCUCCUCAACCCCCACGUGCACCUGAUCGGCGAGGACGCCGCCUGCAUAGCCUACAUCCGGCUCACUCAAUUUGUGGAUUCCAUGGGCCGCCCUCGUUCCAGCCAAUCAGAGGAGACCAGGGUGUGGCAUCGCCGUGACGGGAAGUGGCUGAACGUGCACUUUCACUGCUCAGGAGCGCCUGCUGCACCCCUCCAGUGAUCCGCGGUCUGGAGCCUCCAGUCUACGGGAGUGUGUGUUUUGGGGGCAGUUUUUCAGCAAGCGUGUUUAAGAGGCCCGUCCUCUGCGUGGAUUGGCUCAUGCCAGGAGCCCGGCCAGGCAAGAUCGCGUCCCUCUCCGUGUUACCAACCAAUCUUGUCCCUCCUAUGACCUGAUGGGGGCAGGCUGAGUCCAAGAACCCUGCCCCCCCCAUGGGAUGAUGCAUGCAUCUGGCGCCUGAUUGGAGGGCGCACCUUUGCCCUCUGUCCCUCCCCUGGCAGCCAUAUUUUUCUGCCCGCGCAAGAUGAGACAUCCUGGGGGAGGAGAGGAUUUACAGUUGAGCUUGUAACAGUUUAUGAGUAUGAGUUAUGAAUAUACUGUGUAAAUUAUGACUAGAUGUUCAACCCACCAAAACCCAACCUAGCAUUUAUUACCAUCUGAUAAGGAAAGGGAGCAGAGAAUGUGAAGUUUUUUCUGGACUCGUUUAGGGAUUACCUGGUAGACAGUGUUCUGCUUUAUCUGGAUGACGAAGGGAAAUCUUCCUCAAGUGAAUUAAAGAGGGAAAGUGAUGGAGUCUGCUCCAUCACCAGAAACUUGACAACACGAAGCACCAAAGUGUAGAACUUUAGGCUUUUUACGUGUUUGUGUAUUUUGUUUUGCGACAGAACGGACAUGUGGUUGUGGGAUUUGGUCAUCCGACGUUAGGUUCCGUGUUUUGUUUUGUUUUUGUUAUUUUUUCGUUUGUUUUUUUAUUUCUCGUGUUUUAGUGUCCUGUGAAAAAAACCGGAGCCUUUUAUGUAUCUGUGUGUGCGUGUUGUGUUUUAUUUUUUUUACGUUUUGCUCGAACUGACUCAAAAAUCGAGGCUAUUUAAAAGAAGCCUUUUUUCUUUUUCUUUUAAAAACAAAGAGGGAUUUUAAUUUGCAACUUUAAAGCCAGCCGGUUUGUGUCGACACGUUUUUUCCUGUGCGUUUUCUAUAUGCAGCGGACAGGGAGGCCAGGAGAGGCGUCUGCAUUUCACAUGUUUGCCUGCUGCCUCUCACUCCACCCCCCACCCCCACCCACCUCCAGCGGAGUUCUUUUUAAGCUUUUUCAGCCUUCCUUUCCUCCCACUCUUUCUCUGCUUUCUGCCAAGGCCUGCUUUGUUAAUAUUCACUGUGUAAAUACAGUGUGUGUAUAGAUAUAUGUAGAAAGGUGUAAUAUAUGUACAUGUAUCUAAGAGACACUCAUCCUGUGCAUUUGGGGGGAUCCCCCCCCCCCUUGCGACUCUGUGACCCCUCCCACCGUAGUUUAGGAGCAACAUCAUCUGAAACAAUGUACUAAAGCAGAAGUUGCUGGUCUCUCCCGAUGGAAUCCAACCAGCGCCCCAAGCCCCAUGGCCGCAUGACUGUUUUUGAAGAUGGGGGAUCAAACGAGCAGGAUGGACGUAGCGAACCCCACACUUUAACCGCCGCCUUCAAAGUCCUGCCUGCCUCUCCUCAUCCCGCCACGCUGUGAGACGCUCCCUCCAUAUCACCUGCAAAGGCGCCCCCGCCGGCGCGUCUCGGCUCUGUAACAUAUCCGCACCGCUGCUGUCGUCGUGCUGCUUAAACCGUCUCCCAUCAGGAUGGUAACUCCUCCCCCUUUCUUCGCUUCCCUCCCACCUCCGUGUUCUGACAAGUCUUGAUAUUUAUUUGUACCUCUCUCCGUUGUUCCUCUGUUACUGAGUUUUUGUUUUUUGGUUGUUGUUUUUCUUUUUGUCGUCGUCGUCGUUGCCGUUAACUUUGUUGUUUGCCGAUCUGCCAAGUUGGAGUUCUGCACUCUCGAUUGCACACAGGGAAAAAGAUUUUUAAAAAAAAGACAAAAGAGGAAGUCAAACAAAAAGAUAGGUUUGGAUCUAAAUUCUCGAUGUAAUCUACCCCGGGUGGUUUUAAACCAGUUUCUACAGGAACAGAUGGAUGCAGGUCAUGUGACCUCAGCAGGAAACUUAGUUAUAUGCAUGUUUCAGUUACACAUUUCUACCAUGUACCUACAUGAUUAAGGAUGGAGUUAGUGUUAAUAUAUGGUAUUUGCAUCUUUUGAAAUAUGAAAUUUCUCCAUCCAGAAUGUUUCAUAGGUGACAUGACGAUAUAAAAAAAAUCAAAAUUACAAAAAAAAAAUAUUACAAAAAAGAUGAGUUAAAAAAAAAAAAAAAAAAACAAGGUUUCUGGAGCCGUAGCUUGGUAUGAGGCCCUUGACGUUCGCAUUUUCCCUGCGUUGUAAUGAUAUACUAUUUGGGCUGCGCUUUUUACCCCACCCCCCCUCCUCCUUCCAGCCUUUAACACGAAUGCUGGAUAUUUUAAUUUCUUUUAUUUUUUUGCAUGAUCAUGAUGUACAAUGAAAUACAACCAUGAACUGAUGACUAUCAAGUGUUUGUCUGAGUGUUAGUUGGUCUUCAUCAUAGCUUUGUUAUUCUUGGAACUUGGAUCUUGAAAGUAUUUAAUAAAAAUACUAUUUCAGCACUG